AUGUCCAACACCAACACCAACAACCACAACCAGCUUCCAGCCAUGCCCGUCAACGCCGGACUCGACAAUGACAAUGGCCGUGUCAGCAACGAAGACAUCCGCAAAUACGUGGCAGACUCAGCGCAGCAAAUGUCCUUCCGAUGCUUAUUUCCCCAGGAAGUCCACGACAGAAUGUGGCAGCUGUUCAAGAUGGCAGUCCGCUUCACCCAGAGGGAAAUGGAACAGGACUUGAGCUUUGCGCCACUGGCCGUUGCCAGGGAGUUUCUCAAGAAGGAACGCCAUGCCUACGCCCUCGACAGAGAAAAAUGGGCUACCGAAGAGAGGAUCAUGGGACUCAGGAGACAGGAGCUGGCAAUCGAAAGGCAGUGUAUCGCUGCAGAGAAGGCCAAGAUAGUCGCCGCACAGCGGAAGUUGGCCGCUGAACGGCUCCAGUUUGAGGCGAAGAAAAACAUCAUCAGGGCGGGACAAAAGGUUCCUGGCCUUAUCACACGGCGCCCUGCCAUGAUUCCCAUCCAAGAGCAGCAAAGAGAGCCCCUGACGAUCGCGACUUCAAAAGAGAAAGAUCAUUCCGGAACGAGAGAACCACAAAUCAGGAGCAAAAAUAUCCAGCACGAGGACACCCCCGACACUGCUCUGAGCCGAAAUCUCAAACGGAGCAGAUCAGACAUGGAGGCCGCGCCCGACAAGACCAGCAACACACUGCAACAAGUCCGGCACUCGGAGCCCACAAAGCCGGCACCAAUCAACAUUACUCUUCUCGAGGGCUGCGUCCGGACGACGGCCAAGGUAGUGGACCUUCUCAUCCUCAAACAACCCCAUGAUAUUGUGUCCCGACCAAAACAGCGCGACCCCAACGUCUCGGCACCCCUCAUCACGUCCAUCAUCUCCAGCCUCUUUGCAAAGGGAAACGAACAUCGAUUGAGAAACUGGCGCGCAUUCGAGCGUGAGGGUGCUCCAGACCGAUGGUACUGCUGGCUCAGUGUCCUUGACCCCGAUCAUGGAAAUACGACGUUGAAGGAAAAUUCGACAUGUCGAUGCGAGAAGCUCUGGAAUGUGGCAGUACACAGGGAAAAUGUUGGAUGA